UUUGAAAAUUUCUUUAAAAGUGAAAAGCAUGUGCAGUGAAAGAAUGUUAGUUUUCAAGCUGCCUAGCUAAAACUGCAAGUACCAGUUGCGGUGGCUAUUUAAACUGUGUUAAGUUAAUCGGUCGCUUAAUUUAAAAAAUAGUAAAGUGAUGUGAAGAAUGGACGAAGAUCUUACAGAAGGUUACAGUGAACCAUGUGGGCAGUGCGGGAAUGUAUGCUGGGGCCUAACAGAUGCGGAGCAGUUUUUCUGUAAGAACUGCCACAACGUUAUUGAGAGAACAAAAGACGUUGUGGAUUCUAGCACAUACUCUGCGAACAACAGGAUAUCUCAUUUUCCAUCAGGCACUCGAAAGAGAAAUGGCAGAGAAGGUGGACGAAAGUGGAUAGUGUGUGAAGGCUUUCAGUUUAUCCUAAAACAUCAGGCAGAAGCUUUGGUUGGUCUGGGUGUCUGCCCUGAAUUUAAGAAAAAGGUGUUAUGGAAUUUCUGGAUGCGAUACCUGCAGAAGACCAGACAGGCUUACACGAAGAACCCAAGGAUCACAAACGGAAGUCCAGGGGAUAUAACUUCUGACAGUGAGCCUGAGUCUUUAGCUCUGAAUGAAUCAUCUGAAGCAUCGCUGCCCAACAGGGUUUCCUCAGCGCUGGAAGACUCUGGAAACACCAGCGAUGGGAAGUUGUCAGUGUGUUCAGGCUCCCUGGACGCCGCAUACUACUCCUUUGCAAAGGAGAGUAAAAGCCGCCAUCUUAUGACCAUGCCUCGAACGCUGGCCCUGUGCCACUUGGCCCUGCUCUGGAUGCGAGAGGCCAUCACACUCGCAGACUUGCUCAGGCUGGUGUCCAAAAGGCAUGUCCCUUACAUUAACGUGCAUGAGCAUUUCCCUGAAGAGAUGAAGAUCUUUGGCAAGGAUUGCAAGUUCUUUAUAGCUGAGUCCAUCCCCUCCUACAGGAUGGUGCACAGGGAGGCAUCACUGCUGGCUAAGGUCAUGGAGCUACCCACCUUCCCUCCUGUUUCCCAGGAUUGCCUCCUCCACCCAGCUCUGCUCUGCCUCCGCUACACAAUGGAUGCCAACCUUCCUGAUGAGCUUCAUUUGUUGGUAUGUAAGGUAAUGGAGAAGACGGCUAUGGGGAACGACUUCUUUCUGACCUUUGACCCUGCUGGGCCUAAGCAGAGACUCCCCUGUUACGACCUUCAGGCAGCAGCGCUCAUCAUUGUGACCAUGAAGCUUCUGUUCAAGCUGGAUGAUCAGACAGAGUGGAUGCUGUCCAGGAAGGCAGAUAAACGAAGAGAAAAACACCACAUGAAGAAAAAGACCACAACAGGCAGCAAGAUGUUCAGUUUGAGACGGUGGUAUAUGAGUGUCCAGCCUGCGCUGGAGAGUGCCAGGGAGAGAGAGGAGCAGGCUGAGGCCAGGCAGGCAUGGAAAUCCAAGAAGCCUGUCGUUCCAAACUUGAAAAACAAGACUUUGGUCCUAAAAAGGAGACGUGUAGUUGAGCAGCUGCAGAGCAAUUUCCAUACUCUCACUGGUUCCACUAUGGAGCAGCAGCCUCCCGCACCAUCCAGCUUCCUUUUCCUAUGGGGAACAGAAGAAGGUGCGGACGGACCCAGCCUCCACCAUAAGCGCCUGGCCUUCCUGAUGGAGAAAAAAGGAAGAGCCCGGUGCCUUGUCAACCGCAAGUAUUGGCACCCAGCCUUGAGGCUUUGCCACCCACGAGAAUGCAGGGAACAUUUCUUGGAGCUGGAGUCUAGCUUGCCCAGGAUGUAUGUGUGGCUGCUGGGGCUUUUCUCCUUCCUGCUGGGGGUCAGUCAGGCACAACUGCAUGGUGAGGUCAUCCAGGUGGAGAGGCGUCUGCUGAGGGGCAAAGGCAUGCGUUAAGCAGAUGCGGAUAAACCUCGGCGCAAACGAAGGAAGACGCCCUCUGUGUGAUUUUGAGGAGUUUCUGUUACAAACCUGAGGAGAUUUGAGAGAUUUUAUGUACCCUUUGUAAGGAUUACUGCCUGACAGAGUUGCCUCUGUGUAUAAAUUAUGUAUAGUUUUCUAAUUACAUGUUUUUUCUUAUUAAAAGAGAUUUGUAGAUGUUGGAAAUGUUUACCUUUUAGUAAUAUUCUUGAACCUGUCUUCUCUGUUUGGUUUGUAGAAACGAAGUUGAGCUGAAUAAUGUAUCCUGCUUUUGAUUUUAACUGAGUGUGAAGAACUUGCUGUCUCUUGAAAUCAGCAGAUGGGCAGUUAUUCUUCAAAUGGCUCAAUGUUUGCACAUUGUAAAGAACAUGGUAUAAGAUGUGAUCAUCUUUGAGAAAGCAGGACAAGUGCUAUUGUACAACCAUUCAUAAUCUUGUUUCAUAAUUCGUCAUCAAAUUUAUUUAUAUAGUGCAUUUUACAAAAGCCACUUCACAGAUGUCCCAAGCCCCGGGUGAGCAAGCAAAAGGGGACCUGGGAUAGGGGACACACUAGGGGAGAUGGAGAAUGAAUGGCUGGGGCUAGAGCUAAGAGCCACAGCAGCUGAGACGGGUCAAGGUUCAGAAAGAACAUCACACCAGAAGCAAUGUACUUUGGCAGAAAGAGGAUAGAUUAUUAGAUGUGGUAAAAUAUCAGUGUGUAAGUCAGGAUCAUAUAAUGUGAAAGGCUAGACUAACAGUAAAUAUUUGACUAAAUAAAUAGGUUUUCAGCCUAUCCUUAAAUAUUGAAA